AACGUGUGAACUUGUUAUCGUGCGUUCAUUGUAAACUGGUUGUUAUGAUAGUUUUUUUUUUAGCUCAUUCUUGUUUGGCGCGUCAGUGACUCGGCACUCCUACUUUCGUUUUCCCAUCUAGUUUCGUUUCUCUCUAAACCGACAGUGGAGUCUUUAUAUAGCCUACUGUUAAGCACAACAAUGUUGUCAAGAGCAAUGUUUCGCUUUGGACAGUUGUGUCCGCGCGUGUUUGGUGUCGAGUUUGAUUCGCGCACCGAACCGCUCUACUACACAUUGAGCUCUAGUCCCCAGGCUCUGCACCGGGAUCAUCAGAGGUUUUUUAACGAUUAUGGGAACCUCUACUCGCUAUACAUCCACUCCGAUAACCGGAUUCAGAAAGCGCAAACUCACGCAGAAAUAAAGAGCAAACUGUCUGAAAAAUUUGCACGAUUUUGCGAUGUCUUUGAGACAACUGCGUUUAUUCCGGAUGUUAAUGACAGCGUCGUUAAAGGAUUUUGCAUUCGUGAGAAAUCCACCACAGGCAUUUCGAAGGAAAUAUUAAAGACAUUUUAUCAGAAUGAAUCGGUAUGUUUGUUUUCAUACAAACGCGAGGGGCAGUACUGCUGGCAGGAGGCGUGGUCACAUGUCAAGCAAGCGGAGAAGGCGGAGAGACAGUACAUCAAGCCCGCAUCAUCACCGGUUUAUCAUCCAUCAACACUGGCCAUCAGGAACUCCGAUGUCUUUUAUUGUAUGGAUGAAGCCUAUAAGGUUCUCCAGGAGUGUAGCGACAUUUUACCCGAGUCAAAGGCCGUGCUGCAGAUAGUGGAUGAACAGGUGGAGUCCUGCAGAAAAGAUGGUUUUCCUGUCACUGUGAUCGAAGGACUGGAUGCUACAGGUAAAACUACCCUCACAGAAGCCCUGCGGGAAUCUCUGAAUGCCACAUUGCUGAAAUCUCCUCCCCAGUGCCUGGCUCCAUUCAGACAGCGCUUUGACUCAGAACCACCCCUCAUCCGCAGGGCCUUUUAUGCUCUGGGGAACUACAUCACUGCGGCUCAUGUGGGAAAAGAGUCCUUGAGAGCUCCUGUCAUAGUGGAUAGGUACUGGCACAGCACAGCAGCGUAUGCUAUAGCCACAGCUGUCAGUGGGAGGGUGGAAAACCUCCCUAGACCAGGCUCAGAACUCUACCAGUGGCCAGACGACCUACUCCGGCCAAACCUGGUGCUUCUACUUACUGUCAACCCUGAGGAAAGGCUGAGACGACUGAGGGACAGGGGACAGGACAAGACUAUUGAGGAGACGGAGCUUGAGGUCAACCAACUGUUCAGACUUAAGGUGGAGGAAGCUUACAAGAGAAUCCAGAAUCCUUCCUGCAUCAUCGUGGACGCGAGUCCCUCUCCACAACAAGUGCUACAACAAGUGCAACAGUUAAUCAGGAACAAUUGUCACUUGUAAACAACAAGGUCUUCAACAAGCAAUGCAAUUCCUCUACAAAACACUAGAUGGUAGUAUAAUGUUAUGAUUCAGCCUUGAUCCCACUGUAGGGUCUCAGUCAGCUGAGCCUGUUGAUUGAAAGAGAGGCUGGUGGCAAGCAGCCAGCAUAUAUUUUCGGGCUCGUAUCUGGACAUGUCAGAACAUAUUCCCUGUCCCACAGAGCUUUAGCAAUGAAAAACACGAGAGGAAAAGUUUUUGGGGGUGCCGUAGCUGGAUGUCAGCUCUCAUAGGUGGGGUGAAAGCAUUCUGAAUUAUUCCCACUGAAACACAGGAACUGAACUAAAGACGUUUGAGAAUUCAUCAAUCACCUCAAUUAGAUUUAAACACAAGAACUUAUUGUUGGUCAGCUCUCCGUUCACCCCUAUAGGACAUAGAAACAGGGGAGUUUAUGGGGAUAUUAAAAGCAAUAGAUCUGAUCUAGACAAUUUAAAGGUUGUUUGAUUUGUGGCUGUUUCUUUUGGACACGGACUCUGGUCAUUAAUUAAGAGUGACAUGUUUAGUUAAAGAAAUACUAUAAGUACAAUAUGCCAUUAUAUUCAAUUCAAGAGUUCUAAUACAUGAUUCUUUUUAUUGUACUGAAAUAGUUUAUUUAUACAAUUUUAAAUAUUGGUGUUAUUUAAUCAUCUAUAUCCACAAUGAGUUUUAUUUAAUCGGGUCAUUUAAAUAUUAAAAAAAUCUUUAAAUCUGAAAAUAAAUACAAUUAUAUUUCAUUGCUUCAGA